AUGGCAUUGCGAGCCCAGAGGUUCCAUGAGUGGCAGUAUACGGAGGACAAGACACCCCGAUCACAAUUGUUUGACCUGAUCCACCUGACCCGGAAAUGGCUGCGCCGUCAGGCCCUCAGCUCUGAGAAGAUGAUGGUUGUCCUGGUACUGGACCGACAAAGCAGUCACACAGCUAGAUUUCAUGAGGGCUCAGAGCUACAUGGUUCCUGUCACCCUGGAUCCAGAUUCAAACACCCCAAGCUCACCAUCCCUAAGGAUGGCCGAAGAAUCCAACAUGACCCUGCCUCCCUAGAGCUGGCUACCCCAUCUGGGGCCCUGGUUGCUGUGGGGAGGGAAGGAUUUGUGGCCAGGAAGGUUCAUGAUGGGGAGGGAGAGGCUUGCUGGGGUUACUGGGAGGUAGAGGUGGGGGACAGUCAGGACUGGGAGCUGGGGGUGCUGAGUGAGUCUGUGAAGGACAGAGUGAGACAGGAGAGGCUGGAGAGACUCCCUGAGGGGGGGUGCUGGGCUCUGCGGAGAUCUGGGAAGCAGUAUUUCCCCGGGGAGGCCGACACUGUGAUCCAGAGCUGGGGUGUGACACCGACAGUGGUUGGGGUGUAUCUGGAUCUAGAAGUGGGGAGUCUCUCAUUCUAUAGUGUCAGUUCAAUGGCCCUUAUCCUGGAGAUUCCUGUGGAAGGUUCUGAGAGAUUGUUCCCAUUCCUCAGCACUGGUCAUGCUGCAGGGAAGGACCAGGGGAAACCCCUCAGCAUCUGCCCCCCCCAGCAACUGGGAUUUCCUCCAAAAAUUAGGAGUUAGUGGGUCUGUUUAGUCAGGGAGAUUCCAGAGUCCCUGCACAGACCCCUGCCCUGAAUGAGAGGGAAGGGGAAGAAAACAACACAGGACCUGCCACAGGAAAAACAGACCCAUCGCCUGGACAGCACCCAGCCCCCGCAGACAAGGAAGUGGAAAAAAACAGGGCAAGGCCAUUUGUGGGAGAACAUUUCCAAAAGCUCCUGCCCACAAAACAGAGGACUGGGGAUAAAACAGAGCAGGAGCAUCAACAACCGGAAACACCCCCCAGACAGAAGGGGAAAAAGAACAGCCAAACCCUCCACGUCUGAAACCCACCUGCCGAACUCCUCCCAAGGGGCAAAGGGAAUCAUGAAAGAAAAACACUAAGAACUUGAAUCCAGAAUGGUCUCUGGAUCUGACUCUUCUCCCAGGCCUACCAGGGCCAGGAAAUGUUUUUGGGGAAUCAGACACAAAUGCUGACACCUGGGAAAGAACCCAGGGCCUCCCAGAGGAUUCAGGGGGCCUGGGGCAAAGCAAUUUCGGGGGUCCCGUCCAUAAAAAAAAGUUGCAAUACUAUAGAAUACUAUAUUAUCGUGGGGGCCCCUGCAGGGCCUGGGGCCUGGAGCAAAUUGCCCCACUUCCCCCACCCCCAGGGCGGCCCUGAAAGAACCUCGCUCUAAUGGGAAAGUGGGGAAAUGGCGACACAUCAAAUGUUUCCUUCCCACCCCAAACUCAAAAGAGAAUCACAGCAAUUCAUGAUAACGCUUUAAACCAAUCCCCUGUUAAAUCAGAAUGUUUAACAGGACUGUUAAAUGUAGGAAAUUCAAUACACACUGGUUGGUCAGGGGAUGCAGCGGGGAAGGGUCUCACAGUAGCACUGACUCACUCUCAUUGCAGACACACACUCACUGCUCCUGCCAGCCUCAGGCAGUGCAAGUGGGUGACCGAAUCUGUGUAUCAGACUGGAUUGUGUUAGCCUCACACUGAGCAUCACCCCGAGGGCUGAACCCCGCCCCCUGCCCAAACCCGGAGUCCUCCCCUGGGCUCUAGCAGGGCUGGCUGGCUGGUCUCACUGGGAGCAGGGACGAUGGACGAUGCUGCAGAAGCUUCUCAUGGAACAAGAACAUGGGGAAGUUCAGAAAUCGUUGGAAAUUGCAGUGAGGGGGCUGUGGUGUAGGAGGGGAACAGGCUGUCAGUGGCAGCAUUGCCAAGGCCCAUGAUAAAGCCCCAGCUCCUGGAGUCCUGGGUUUGAGGGAGAAUCUCAGCUUUGGUUUAAAACAAAUAAAAGUAAGUUUCUAGCCUGUGGCUGUGGUGUGGAGCUGUAAAGUGUGACCCCAAUGCCCUGUGUGCUGUGUCUAGCUUUGCUGCUGGGUGUGCUGCAUUUAAACCCUAUGGCCUGGCUGUCAGUUUACUGCAGGUUGUGAUGGGACCUAGCAGUGAAUGGAGGGCAGGGAGCCCUGGGCAGCGCUGCCCAAAGAAGCUGAAUCUACAAUCAAUGAAAGGUGUAAGAGCAAUGAGCUGGCUGAACCAGACAGCGCUCUC